AUGGUCAAGAUUAAUGAUCGCCAUGAGUUUCCAAUGGAAAUUGAUUUAGAAGAAUUUUUAUCUUCUGAUGCAGAUAGUGUACUUGUUCAUAGUGGUGAUUUACAUGGAGGACAUUAUUUUGCAUUAUUAAAACCUGAAAAAGAUGGAAGAUGGUUUGUCUUAAAUUGCAUAUACAUAUUAGUAACGCCCGUGACAGAUAAAGAAGUAUUAGAGGACAAUUAUGGUGGAGAGAGUACCAACAAUAGUCCACUUCAUAAUCUAAGACCUGGUUCAAGAAAUAUCAAACGCUUCACAAAUGCUUAUAUGUUGGUAUAUAUUCGUGAAUCUGACCUUGAUAACAUACUGUCACCUGUAAUUCCUGAAGAUAUACCAGAACAUUUACAAAGACGUCUUGAAGAAGAAAAAAGAUUUUAUGAACAAAAGAAAAAAGAAGCCGAGGAAAGGCAUUUAUAUGCACAAGUUAGGCUUGUUACUGAAGAUACUUUCAAAGCACAUCAAGGAUUUGAUCUUGCCAAUUUUGACGAACGACAAUACCCUUUAUCAAAUCUUCAACCAUUAAAAGUUCUUAAAACGAGUACAUUCAAUGAUUUUAAAGAGAAGGUGGCAGCUGAGUAUGACAAAUCACCUGAUCAAAUUCGUUUUUGGGCUCUUGUCAACAGGCAAAAUAAAACUGUCAGACCUGAUGCACCAAUACCACCUGUUCAUCAUAAUUUAACGAUGGAAGACAUUUGUGUUAAAUUUGCACCACUAUUUCUGAAAUUUUUUGAUCCUUAUACACAAGUUUUAGAAUGCCUAGGUUCUCUAUAUAUACAAAAAUCUGAUAAAGUUGGUGAAAUUUUCCCAUUUCUAUGUGAAAAAAAGGAUCUUCCACCGAAUACUCCAUUAAGUGUAUAUGAAGAAAUUAAACCAAAUAUGAUAGAAGAAAUGAAACCAAAAUCAACAUUUCAACAAUCUGAAAUACAGGACGGAGAUAUAAUUUGUUACCAAAGAACUUUAACAGAAAGAGAGUACGGAAUAAAUAAAGGAAUAUUGCAUAAAAAUCGUGAUCCAAAAGAAUUUGAAUUAGUUCUAAAUAAAAAAAUGACUUAUGAUGCUGUUGCUGAAGAAGUUGGAACUUAUCUAAAUACAGAACCAUUAAAAUUAAGGUUUACUUCAGCAACAGGCGCGCCAAAAAAUAUUAUCAAGCGAACAACAACAGAGAGUUUAACAGACAUGAUACAAACCACAUAUUCUAAUAAUGGAACACCGCCUUUAUUAUAUUAUGAAAUGUUGGAUCUUGUUGAUGCCUUCACUCAAGUCUCCACUGCUCUUAGAAAUGCAGCAAAAGCUUGUGACGAGUUUCAGUUACUUGUUCCAAGGGAUGUAGGAAUUAUUCCUGGUGAUGUGGCGAUUGGUGGUGGUGGUAGUAGUAGCAGUACUACUGGUUUUCAUCAUCAUAUACACCACCACCACGGACAAUCUACUGGAAAUCAUACAAGAAAAUUUAAAAAAAACCAAGUAAAAGAUCCUAAUGCUCCAAAAAGACCCAACACUGCGUAUAUUUUAUUUAGCAAUGAGAUUCGUCCAGAAACUAAGCUUGCUAAUCCAAAAGCUAACCAAAAAGAAAUUGUCACCCUAAUUGGACAAAAAUGGAAAGCGCUUUCCAGGGAGCAAAAAAAGGUUUAUGAAGAUCGUUAUUUUGCUGAUAAAGAGAAAUAUGACGAAGAACUUCGUGCAUAUAGAGCAACACAUGGUCAUGUUGAAUCACCAAUUUCAACAUCAUCAAACGAAGACAAUGGUGAAAGUUCAAGCAAUCUUAAUAAUAAACAAGAAAAGAAAAGUUCUUCUUCCACUCAAAUUUCAGCACAACAAAUAAUGUCUACCUCUGUUAUUGGAGGAGGAACUUCUGAAACAAAUACAAGCACUACUAAUCCCUCUCAAAUAUUAGAUCCUCAAUUAUAUUCAAUGCAAGAGGUAGUACCAGUUGAUAAAACAACAGCUUCUUCAAAUAUGCUAGAAGUUUCUUCCGCAAAUGUCCCUGGGAAUAGCAAUAAUUCAAAAAAGCGAACAUUAUCUGAAAGUAACAAUGAUGAUUAUUCAGAUGAAAGUGAAACAAUAAAUGGGGAGAAUGCGUCAACUUCAAAAAGAACUCGUGGUGGCGGUGAUGCUAGAAAAGCUCAAGAAGAUGUCUUUAGUCCUCCAGGUGACAAUGUAGAAGCAAUUGAGGAACAGGAUGACUCUCUAACCAGAAGACAAAGGUCUAAACGUGGUGGUGGCGGCAACAGUGAUCCUACAAAUGGAACCAAAACUACACAAAUAAUCACUGCACCAAAACCUACUAAUACUCGCAGUAGACGUACUGCUAAAUCUUAA